CGUUCCACCUUAACUCGCGCUCGCCCCGUCCCAAACAUCUGCCCAAUGAAUCAGGAGCGGAUGCGCUGUAUCCUUUUCCAGCGGGCUCGUGAAUGGCCAGUGGGAGUGGGCUCGUGCAGCCAACAGCGCAGCUCCAGCGUCUCAUUCAUUCAGUGCGCAGCAGACGUGGAGCGGAGCGCGAGGCCUGCGUGGAUUUCUCCCUCUCUCUCUCUCUCUCUCUCUCUCGCUCGCUCGCUCUCCCCCCUCGCCACCUCCUUCCCUCCUCCAGAUUCCACGCGAGAACUUUCCACCCGCUGCGUCGACGACCGGACUGGAUUUACGGCGAUUUUUCACUUGUGAUUUCUGGACUUUCCUCGGGCCGCGAGCGCGCGGUGGAUUAAUGUGCGUGCGGGAAUAACCGGGAAGCGCCGCUCGUGGAUUACCGGACUGCGAAUGUUGUGACUGGAUCUCCCGGGUUCGGAUGGAGUUUCCCCUCUGCCUGGUGGAUCCGAGGCUAUGGACGCUCGCAUAGAGGUGCUCCCAUGCAUGCCAGGUCCACGGUGAACGUCGGAAGCGGUGAUCCCCCCAGAUGGAGCACCAAAGUCAGCAUGGCCCCGGCGGUUCAUUGGUGGUGAUCCAGCAGCCGUCGCUGGAGAGCCGGCAGAGGGCCGACUACGAGCGGGAGCUCCAGCACGCCGCCAUCCUCUCCUUGGACCAGAUCAAGGCCAUACGCUCCUGCAAUGAGUACACGGAGGGCCCCUCGGUGGUGCGGAGGCCCCCUGCGCCCCGCAUGCCCCCCAGACCGCACGAGAAGCAGGAAAGGACUCAUGAGGUCAUCCUGGUCAAUGUGAACAACAAUUACGAGCACCGGCCGGCGGGGCACCAUCACAGCGGCACGGUGGUGGUGGGUCUGGCCGGGUCCCGGGCGCCGGGCCUCAGCCGCUCCACCAGCACGGGCAGCGCCGCCAGCUCGGGGAGCAACAGCAGCGCCUCCUCCGAGCAGGGACUUCUAGUGCGCUCGCCGCCUUGCAGGCCCGGCAUCCACCCGCACCACAGAGCUGAGCGGCCCGUUCGGACUCAACCCAAACCGCCUCCGCUAGAGCCGCCACUGAAGCCCUCUGCAAAAGGGAAAUCGGACUUUUCGGGCUCGGGUGUCGCUGGGCAUCAGUUCAUCUGCGAAUGCUGCGGCAAGUGCAAGUGCGCUGACUGCACAGCGCCGCGGAGCCUGCCGUCGUGCCUGGCGUGCAACGGCCAGUGCCUGUGCUCGGCCGAGAGCGCCCUGGAGCACGGGACCUGCAUGUGCCUGGUCAAGGGCAUCUUCUACCACUGCUCCAACGACGACGAGGGGGACUCGUGCGCGGACCACCCCUGCUCGCUCUCGCACUCCCACUGCUGCUCGCGCUUCCUGUGCAUGGGAUUAAUGUCGGUACUCUUCCCCUGUCUGCUCUGCUACCUGCCCGUCAAGGGCUGCCUGAAGGCGGGCCAGCGUUGCUACGACCGGGUCACCAGGCCUGGCUGUCGCUGCAAGAACUCCAACACAGUCUACUGCAAACUGGAGAGCUGGGCGCCGCAGAGUCCGGACAAGCCCUCCUGAUCCGCCGCCUUCCCCGCUCAAAGGAGUAAAAACCACUUUCUCUUCUACAGACCAGUGUUUGCCUCCUCUGUCCGUCUGUCACUUUGAUCCUCUGACGGGUCCCCGCGACCCCAAUUCGCCAAAUCUGUGAAGGACCACCGACUUUCUGGGCAAUGAUGUAGCGGUUCCGAGCGCGCAGGUUAGCUCUGGCGUGGUAGUGUUUCUCUCUCCACUCUCAUUUCUUCCUCUGUUUUUUCUGUAAAUUGUCCACGAGAGGAUUUGUUCGCAAAGAAAAAGGAACUUUUGUUGUAAAAAAUAUUUAUUAUGUGAAGCUCUAUUAUUUUAUGAUAUUUAUUGCAAGAGACAGUCUUAAGAAAUUUACUCAUGACUCUGAAUAUAACGAAAUAUCAAAUACUUACUGAGAAUUAAAGGGUGGCACAAAGAAAACUAUGUUAACUUUAAUGCAGAAAAUAUAUUAAUUAAUGAAAUGA